AUGGGCCUUAUUCGCCCUGCCACGCCGGGUUUCCUCGUCACCCUCAUCGCGACCAUCCUCCUUGCCGUCGUAUCCUUCAAUGUCCCCAUCAUCAAGUCCAUCUACUUCCUCAAGGCGACCAUGACCGUCAAUGGUGUCACUGGCUCUGUCCUUUUGGGUACCCUCGGAUACUGUCUUGAUCUCCCAAACAACCAGACCUGCUCUUCGCCCUCGGUGGGUUAUCAGCUUGAUAUCAAUGACCUCCUCGGGAACAACACUGGCAUUGAAAUCCCGGAGGUGGUCGUGAAGUGGAUCACCUAUGCACUUGUCCUCCACAUCGUCGCCCUAGUCCUCGCCGGCAUCUCUUCCAUUUUCGGACUUCUCGCCCACGUCCGCGAAAUGUCGAUGGCGUACUGCAGCACCUGCGUUUCUGGGUUCGCUGCAUCGGUCGCCCUCAUUGCCUUCAUCUUCGAUAUCGUUCUCUUCUACCUCACCAAGUCGCGCGUUACCGCGGUCAACAACGGCAAGGCCGAGUUCGGUUUAGCCCUUUGGCUCACCCUUGCCGCUUGGGUCCUCCUCUUUUUCGCUGGUUGUUUCUACGGCCUUGGCCGUUGCUGCAUCAGUCGACGUCCUCGUGGAACCGACAGAGAGGCCAACCGUCCAGCAGUCAACAAUGGGUACUCAGAGCAGAUGCGGUUGGAGGCGGUCAAGGCGGAGGCGGACAGAAAGGCCCGUCAGGCCGCAGGGAAGCAUGAACUUGGACUGCCUGCCUUUCAGGAGUACGAGACGCAGCCUUUGACUUCGAAGAGCGACGACCACUUCAUCGACGACGGGGGCUCCAUUGUUCCCUACUCCGCAGCCCAGCAAAGUUCGAACUACGCCGGGGGAUACGCCCAAGCAGUUCCCGGCAACCGUGCCGUUGACGCGUAUUACAACAACUCCACGCCGUCCCGUCCUUCGCCCGUACGUCAAGGCUCGCAGCACACCCAGGCCCCGUCAACGCACACCGACCAGCAGUACCAACAGCCGGGCUACUCCCAGCGUGACUACCAGCCAUCUGGUUACGGUGCAACGCCUGCUGCCGCCGCCACCGGUGCGGCCGGUUACCUUGCCGCAGACCCUUACGGCCAUCGCCAACAAGUAAGUGGCGCAUCUUACGGCCAUCCUGCCCGUGGGACCUCAUACCAUUCUGCUGUUUCACACAACGAUGGGUACGGUCAAGGCUACAGCGAUCCGUUUGCCGCUCCUGUCGCUCCUGCUCAGCUGGUGUCCCACGCGAACCUCCACAACGAUACGUACAACACCUCAGGAUACAUGUACCCCAGUCAAACGCCUACCCCUCCAGCGGCAACGAACCCGUAUCGUGCACCUGAGCACUCGUACACCCUCGGUGGCAACGGGUAUGGCUCGAACGUUGUGCCUGCACUCGAUACCUCGUACCCUCCGCACCCCUCGGCCUCUCCCGCACCGUCGGCGCCAUCGGUGUAUUCAAUGGGAACGUCGUCCACUCCUGCGCCCAUCAACACGUCGGUGCCUUCCGGGAUGCCACAACCUUUGAGCCCAAGAGGCCCCCGCGACCCGAACCCAUCUAUGCCCGCGACAAUAGUGGAGUCUCCCACUCACGAAGACGCUCCGCACUACUCCGACAGCCCGCCGAUGUAUGAUGCAGCGACGGCGCAACCGCCAGGGCAGUGGGGCGCCAAGCGCUGA